AUGACCGCUACAACCAUCCCAAACGACUAUACUGUAAGAAGAAUUGAAUCCAGGGAUUUUGAAGGAGCUAAGACGGCAUUAGCUGGUUUAACUAUAGUUGGUGAGAUUAGUCAAAAGGAAUUUGAUUCGAUUUUAAAUUAUUGGGAUUCUGUAUUAUUACCAACAGGUGAACAAGCCUAUAAUACAUUUGUUAUUACUGUAAAGGAUACAGAAAGAGUUGCAGCAAUUGGUACAAUAUUUAUUGAAAAGAAAAUUAUACAUAAUGGAGGUUUAGUUGGUCAUAUUGAAGAUAUUGCAGUGAAUAGUGAUUUUCGUGGACAAAAACUUGGUAAAAUUUUAAUAGAUUACCUAAGCUCAGUAGGCAAACAAUUAGGUUGUUAUAAGACAAUUUUAGAUUGUGAUGUUAAAAACGUUGGGUUUUAUGAAAAAUGUGAUUAUAAAGAAGCUGGAAUUGAAAUGCAAAUUAGAUAUUAA